GUUAUGCUUUUUUUUAUGGCUAUGUAUAUGUAUGCUUUGAUUUGAUUUGAUUCAGAGAUGUCUCUGCCUUCAUUUAUUAUGUUCCUUGGUUAUCUAUCUACUCUUCACAAUGGCAUGUGAAUUUCUGACCCUCUUUCUGACCCACCAUGAACAGAACUGCUCCAGGUCCAGUAGUGGGUUGGCCUCCAAUCCGUUCAUUCAGGAAGAACCUUGCAAAUAGCAGCAGCUCUUCAAAGCCACCUCCUCCUCCUCCUGAGCACCAUAACAAGGACUAUGGUGGUGGUGGUGGAAAAGGCAUGUUUGUCAAGAUCAACAUGGAUGGUGUUCCCAUUGGUAGAAAAGUUGACCUCAAUGCUUACGAUAGCUAUGAAAAUCUCUCCAAUGCUGUGGACCAACUCUUCAGAGGCCUUCUUGCUGCUCAAAGAGAUUCCUCUGGUGGUGGAGUUAACAAGCUACAAGAGGAAGAGAAAGUGAUAACAGGUUUAUUAGAUGGAAGUGGAGAGUAUACUCUUGUUUAUGAGGAUAAUGAAGGAGACAGGAUGCUUGUUGGGGAUGUGCCAUGGCACAUGUUCGUAUCAACAGUGAAGAGGCUGCGAGUCUUGAAGAGUUCUGAGCUUUCUGCCUUUACCCUUGGUGGUAAGCAAGAGAAAGAUGCAACUUGACUACUGGGAAGGAAGUUGUUGAAGAAUAAUGAAUGAAUGAUCUAAUUUGAGGUUUUGGUUCUGUGAAGAAGAAGAUCAUGGAAUGAAAAGUAGUUGCUUAAUUACAUUACAUCAACUGAGUAAUGUUUAUGAAUGUGUCUAUCUUUUGAUUUCUAUGAAUAUUUGAAAUGGUUCUCUGGAUUGUAUAAAUAGGGAAACAAAAAGAAAACCAAACGGAUGUGUAUGUGUACUCAUGAUUUUGUGUUGAGUAACAAUUAACUUCUUUUGCUUUC